CUCAGAUUCAACCAGAGCUUAUAUCAUUGAACCCAAUGGAUAUUAAUAAAGUACGAAAGAAAAAGAAAACCGCAUUAGAUGAUGACGAGGAUGAUGACGAGGAUGAUAAUGAAAAGGAUAAAGAUGAUGGAAAAUUUGAACCUAAAUACAAGAAGAAAGGUAGAAGUUCAUCUGCAAAAAGGCAUUUAAGAAAGAARGGUCACACAGAGGAAGAGAAAAGGUUACAACUUAGGAAAAAGAAAGUAGAAGAGAGAAAGAAACAGAGAGCAGACAAGACAGAAUCUAUAAGAAACAGCACAUCAGCUUUAGAGAGAUUUGCUAAGACACCCAGCACUUAAAUCCUUAUCCCCUCACUCCAUUAUUACAUUAAUGAAUUAUAAGAUAAUACUUUAACUUAGAAUUGAA